GGAGUUUUUCUUGAAGCACGAAUUUUUAAUCAUUACGUUUAUAUUAAUAUUUAAAAAAAAAAACUUUGCUCAAUACACAAUCAUGUGUCGAAACUAUUUAAUUGAUUUAAUCAAAUCAUUAUGAUUUGUUAUUUCAAUAAGUGCUAAUGAUUCUCACAGAAAUUCAGACAACUUUUAUAUUAUAUUCAUUUGAUUAAAAAAGUUAAAUCAUGUUUGCUUCCGGAGUGCUUUGUGUUGUGGUGGGAAUCGUAUUGUUUCAAAAUUCAGCAGCUAAUUAUUCCUCUGAUGAUUUAGGAACAAUUAUUUUUGCUAGUUUGCUUUUUAGACAUGGAGAUCGAACGCCCGUCAACCCUUAUCCAAACGAUCCAUAUCGUAAUGAAUCAUCAUGGCCUGUGCCCUUUGGCCAGUUAACAAAUUUGGGAAGACAUCAGCAUCUACUACUUGGACGAUGGUUGAGAAAACGUUAUAGUAAACUUUUACCCGAAACUUAUACGUAUUACGAUAUAUUUGUCCAUAGUACGGAUGUGGAUCGAACAUUAAUGUCCGCUGAGUCAAAUCUUGCAGGAUUAUAUCCUCCUGAGGGCAAUCAAGUUUGGGAUAUUUUAAAAUGGAUGCCUAUUCCAGUGCACACGAUACCCGAGAAGCAAGAUCAUAUUUUAUCAGCAAAAAAAUAUUGUCCACGUUAUGAAUAUGAACUCGAAAAAGUUAUGCAAUCUGAUGAAAUGAAAAAAAUUGAUCAAGAAAAUGCUCAAAUUUAUGAAUAUCUCACUAUGCAUACAGGAAGAAAAAUAAAUACAUUAGAAGAUGUGAAUACAGUUUAUAAUACACUUUUUAUUGAGGAACUUAAUAACAAGCCAUUGCCGGAAUGGACAAAAUUGGUAUAUCCUGAUAAGAUAAAACCAAUUGCAGAGAAAAGUUUUGAAAUUGAUUGUUAUAAUAAAAUUUUAAAAAGGCUAAAAACAGGUCCAUUGGUUGGUGAAAUAAUUCAUAAUUUAUUAUUAAAAUCGCAAAAUUCAUUGAAUCCAGAUAGAAAAUUAUGGAUGUAUUCAGCACACGAUGAAACGGUGGCAAAUUUUUUAAUGACUCUUGGCUUAUUUGAUCGACAUUGUCCACCGUACGCUGCACUCGUUUUGAUUGAGUUACGACUUAAUUCUAAAAAUCAACACAUUGUCACGAUUUCUUACAAGAAUUCAAGUGAUGAACCAAAUUUAUUAACUCUUCCGGGUUGCGUUCCAGCAUGUCCAUUGAAACAAUUUGUGAGACUAACAAAAGAUUUGAUUCCGGAAAAUUGGGAGGAAGAGUGUUUAACUCAUGUAUUGCAUAGUGAAAUUUUAAGUCCAACAGGUGUUAUAGUGAUGCUGACUUCAUCCGUUUUAAUGUUGAUAAUAUUGCUAAUAUUAUUUGUUGGAUUGGUUUACGGAUAUCAUAGGCGAAAAUAUGAUCAGUAUUAUUUACGAUUGACGACUGAACCAAUAUGAAGAAAAAAAAUAAGUAUCCUACCUCAAUUAUUGUUUUCUUUCUUUCUUUUUUUUUUUUUUUUUUUUUUUUUUUUUUUUUGAACACUUGAAUCGAUUCAAAGGCUGAUCUUAAUUUUAAGUAACUGACAAAAUUUUAAAGAUUUGAUUAACUGUAUAUUUAUAUUUAUAAUAAUUAUAAAAUUAUAACAGUAAAAUUUCCAGAUAUAUAUUUUGUAAUAUGUGAUGAGGUUUAUAAAUUUAAAAAAAAAACAAAGGUAUGUACUGAAAUUUACUGUGUUUAAAUAGAGAAAUUAAUUUUGAUGAAACUGUUAAAAAAAUAUUUUGGAAUCUGAUGGUAAAAGACUGUCUUUGUACAUGUCUAGUCAUAUAGAUUUUUUUUACAAACUACUUUUAAUUAUAAUUAAAAUCAAAAAAUUAGAUUUUUUAAUAUUAGAUAUUUUUAACAAAACUCGAAAGAGAAACCUUUUGGUACUUUAGAUAAUAUGUAUAUAUAUAUAUAUAUAUAUAUAUAUCUGUGUAUAUGAAAUAGUUUAAAACACAAUUAUUUAUUUCGAGAUGCAAUAAUAUUAUUGUAAAAAACAUAAAAAAAGUAAAUUUACUACAAAUGUUUACAUACAUAAAUAAAACUAAUCAAAUGUUUUCUUAAUAAACGAAAAUCAAAAAAAGAAAUGAACAAAAAGUACAAAUUUUUUUCAUAUUUUCAAGUAUUUUUGCUUGUUUUAAAAGAGAAAAUUCUAUACCUAUAUUUUCAAUGAUAAAAAAACAUGACAAAUGGAUAACAAACGAGGUUGAAAUUAAUCUGUUUAAAUGAUUGAUGAUCUGAUUUGUUUGUUUGUUUUUUUAAAAAGAUGAAACUAUUCUCAAAUAAACAAUUGUGUAUGUUACUACAAAAGACAAUUAUAUAUUUCUAAAGAGAAUCGAUUGUGCAUUUAGUUUUUUUUACCUAUUACUCAUUAUCAGAUAGCACGUAAAUUUACUGCAAAUGCGGAUAAAUAUAGCGACAAUCUUGUCGAGCAAGGUUAGCCGUCAUUAUACGCGCUAUCUAAAUGAGUAUUAAAACAUUGUGAUAAAGUAUUACAUAUAUAUAUGUAGAAACAAUAAAGUUUCUGAAAUAAAAAUAAUUUUGGGAGUACAA